GUUUUUACACAGUGCAACUCGGCCCUGCGCUUUGCGACACAGCGCGGGAAAGUCGAGGCUGGAUUCGUAGGCGGAGAUUUAGUCUGCAGGAGAUAUUGAGCUCAGGAAGUUCCUAUCAGUGAAUUGUGACCGGCUUUUGUUUGGAUUCCGAUGUUUAGAUUUUUGCAUGAUGAACUGUGAACUUUUAGCAACGUGCAGUGCCCUUGGGUACUUGGAGGGGGAUACCUACCACCGUGAGCCAGAUUGUCUAGAGAGUGUGAAAGAUUUGAUUCGAUACUUGCGGCAUGAAGAUGACGCUCGAGACAUCCGCCAACAGCUUGGUGCAGGACAGAUUGUACAAAAUGAUCUUCUGCCACUUAUUACACAACAUCAUGAGGAGAAAGGACUUUUUGAUGCCUGCAUCAGGCUUAUGGUAAACCUUACGCAACCUGCAUUACUCUGUUUUGGGAAGGUUCCUGAUGAGCCUGCCACUCGCCAUAAUUUCCUUCAAGUUGUCUCCUACCUGCAAGAUUAUAAGCAAGCAUUUGCUGAUGAAAAAGUAUUUGGAGUUUUAAGUGAGAAGCUUUACAACCUUCUCCAAUUGGACUGGGAGCAGCGGCAAGAAGAAGACACCUUACUGAUUGAGCGCAUCCUUCUACUGGUGAGGAAUGUCCUUCAUGUUCCUGCAGACCCCAAAGAAGAACAGAGUGUAGAUGAUGAUGCCAGUGUCCAUGACAAGCUGUUGUGGGCUAUUCAUAUUAGUGGAAUGGAUGACCUCAUUAAAUUUCUGGGAAGCUGCCCAAGUGAGCAACAGUGGAGUAUGCAUGUACUGGAGAUCAUCUCAUUGAUGUUCAGGGAUCAGAUUCCAGAGCAGCUUUCUAGUGCUGGGCAGGCACGUUCAGUUAAGGAAAAGGAAAAGGAUACUCAAGAUCUGGAAAUCCUGAGACAGAAGGAGAUAGCAGAAAAGAGAAAUCGCAUACUGCAAAGAGGAACACGGCAUUCUCGGUUUGGUGGCUCCUAUGUUGUUCAGGGUCUAAAGUCUAUUGGGGACAAAGACAUCAUCUACCACAAAGGACUGCAUAAUUUUAAAAAUUACAGCCAUGACACUGGUAAAGAAAUUCGCAAAGUCCCAAAAAGACAGCAGAUGGCCAGAGAUGCUGAAAUGAAACGACGAUCCGCUCUUAAUGUGCGCAUCUUUCUUAAGGAGUUUUGCAUAGACUUCCUGGAAAACUGCUACAAUCGUCUUAUGUAUCAAGUCAAGGACAAUCUGAUUCGGGAGCGGGCUGAACAACAUGAUGAAACUUACUACCUGUGGGCAGUAUCCUUCUUCAUGGCAUUUAACCGAUGCCACCACUUCAAGCCAGAGUUGGUAUCCGAAACUGUGUCCAUUCGAACUUUUCACUUCAUUGAGCAAAACCUCACAAACUACUAUGAGAUGAUGUUGACAGAUCGUAAAGAGGCUCUAUCUUGGGCACGCAGAAUGCAUUUGGCCUUAAAAGCUUAUCAAGAACUUCUGAAAACUGUUAGUGAAAUGGACCAAUCCAAAAAUGAGAAUGUCCGGGAAAGUGCUGGAGUAAUAAAAAGUAACAUCUUCUAUCUUAUGGAAUAUAGAGAGAUCUUCCUCACAUUGUUGCGCAAGUUUGAUGAAACAAAACAACCACGCUCUUAUCUUAAAGACCUAGUAGAGACCACUCACAUCUUUGUGCGAAUGCUUGAACGCUACUGCAAAGGGCGUAGUAACCUCAUAGUGCAGAAAAAGAAGGUGAAGCAUAAGAAAAAACCCAAGUCUCAGUCAACAGGCUCUGAAAAGACAGAGAGUUCUCCUGAGAUUCUGGAGGAAAUCUGGCAAACUGUAUAUCAAGAACUGCAAACCUCAGGAUUCCAGGUGAUCGAGUCGAUGAUGGAUACCGUUAUCCCAUUUGAUGCUGCCUCUGAAGUUCCCCUGGAAGAGCAAAGAAUAGAGGCCAUGGUACGGAUUCAAGAUGCUUUAAUGAAUCGCCAGGGAUGUAAGGCUCUGGGCCUUCUUAAAGCUGCCAGGGAUGUGUGGCCAGAGGGAGAUGUCUUUGGGUCACCAAAUCUAGAACCUGAAGAGGAGUUGCAACUUCUGAAACAGAUUUUGCAUGCUAGCCUGCCUAGGUCCACAGUCCCAGAGCCUGAGGAAGAUGAUGAUGAAGGAGGAGAAGGAAUGGUGGAGGAGGAGUUGGCACCUGUGCGUGUCUCAGAAACAGAGUUCAAUCUCUUUGAUUACAUCAAAAGGUUCGCAAGUGCAAACAUACUAAAGCCAUAUAUCCUGCUAUUGAAGAAUUACCAGCAGAACAGCAGCCACACAAACCAUUGCAUUGUACGCAUGCUGCACAGAGUAGCAUAUGACCUCAAGAUGGAGGCUUUGCUCUUUCAGCUUUCUGUAUUCUUCCUCUUCAAUAAGAUCCUGGGGGAUCCUGCUGCUGGUGCAUACAAGGAGCUGGUUACUUUUGUGAAGUUUGUGGUGAAUCGGUUCUUUAUUUUGUCUGCACAAAACAACAAGGCAUAUGUAGAGCUGCUGUUCUGGAAAAACAUAGGUGUGGUGCGAGAGAUGGCUGAGGGCUACCAGAAACCAGGAGAAGAGGAUGGAUCAAAGAAGAAAAUUAAGUGGACAGAAGAAGAGGAGAAUGAACUUAGAGAGCUAUAUUUCCAGCACAGUAUAUCUGGAGAAAAUGCUGAUGUCAUUGAGAUUAUCAUCCCACUCUUACAGAAUCCAAAUCGUACACGAAAACAAGUGGUCAGUCAUUUAGUACAGAUGGGUUUAGUAAACAGUGCUAAAGACCUAAAGAAAGAGAGGAAGGGUACCCGGAUAGUGCUUUGGACAGAAGAUCAGGAGCUAGAGCUACAGACCUUGUUUGAAAAAUUCAGAGAAUCAGAUGAUAUCUUGGGGAAUAUUAUGAAGCACAUAACUGCAAAGCGUUCCAGGGCACGGCUUGUGGAAAAACUGCUCAGCCUAGGUCUCAUCUCUGAGCGGAAGGAGCUAUACAAGAAACGACGGAAACAGCCCACUGUCAAACUUUCUGGCAUGACAGAAGAUGAUUUCUUCAAGGAGAUAGAAGGUGAGUUUGACAAUGGUGUUUCAGAUGAUGAGGAGCCAGAAGAGGAACUUGAAGAAAGCGACUAUGAAAUAGAAGAUGAAAUGCCAAAAAAGCAAAAUAGCAAAGAACGCCGAAAAACUCGGGAAUUUUCAGUGAAGCCACCUCAUGUAGUAAGAGAAAUUGUGGAACAGAUUCAUAACGAAGGAAUGCUGGGUCCCUUACAGUGGCUUCAAAGCUGCCUAAAACGAACAGCAGAUGACAGAGAAACUGAUGCAGGUUGUUUGCAGGCUGUACCUUUAGUGCCAUUGACAGAAGAGAAUGAGGAUGCUAUGGAGAACAAGCCAUUUCAGCGUCUUCUGAAGAAAUUGGGGAUUCGUCCUCCAGCCAAUGAACAGGAGACCUUCUGGCGCAUUCCCAACAAUAUUAGCCCAUCACAGUUACGUGACAUUGCCUCCUCACUGUCUUUCCUUGGUGAAGCAGAGCAUGAAACUGAAGUCCCUGAUCAGGAGACCACACCCACAGUUACAAAGGAGAGGUUGGAGGACAAUGAGCAGGAACAGAAUGAGCAACGGGUGCAGGCCAUGCAAGCUUUGGCUUUGGCCCGCAAGAAAAAGCAGCAGCAAAACUGUACAGCUGAACCAUUACAAUGUAUUCAGCAAGCUGCUUCAGAUUCAGAUUCGGAUGCUGAAGCUAGUAGUAGGCAAAAAACAAGAGUAGCUACCAAAACAUCAGUGAAACGAGGACGAGUGCUGGAAAGUGAUGAUGAGAACUGGGACGAUACAGCUGACACCACACAAGUAACAGUAGAUGAGCCAGAGCUGGAUUCAGACGUGGAGACAAGACCAGCACCUGCCAAACGCAGACGCCAAAGAAUUGAAGAUGAUGAUGACGACGAAGACUGAGGUUUUGCCUAUAAAUUCUCAAAGGAAAUACAAUCUUUUGUGAAGAUGAAAAGAGCUGAGAGUUUUGGAUUUACAAAUUUGAAAAUGUUUUGGCCAAGACAGUACAACACUUUUCCUACCACUCUGUCACCAUGGUGACUAAUGAACAAACGCCUUCCAGUGCUGGAAUUUGGCAGUCUCUGCUGUGGCACACAGAUGAAAAGUCCAAUAGAACUUAAGGUUAGAGUUCAUCCAUCAUUCCCACGACAGGCAGUUUGAGGUGGGAGGGACACACUAACCCCUGACUCACCACCACCUCCUUUUUCUGAAAGCCUUCAAAUGAGAGAAAAGCUGAAAGGCUACAGGCCAAUAUUCCAUAUUGAAUCCAUAUAGCUGUAAAGUGAAGGCUGCUGUGCACAGUCUGGUAAUACUUAUUCAUUGUUGCUUUAAACAGUUUUUCUCAAUGUGCAGACUUGGGACUUGAGAAGGAAAUGCCGUGUCUGUCAGUGGUUUUCCUAGUGGAAACACACUAGUGAUCUGGAUUUUCCCAUGAUUUAUUAUCAUGAAACUCAUUAACUAGUUUUGCAAUUUAUUUUCAAUAUUUGCUAAGCUUAAUAAAGUGGUGCCGACUCUUGUGCUUUUCCGGUUUUGUUCAUUGAUAGAUAGGACUUUAUCAAAUAUACCUGGAGGGAUAGUUUUUGAACUUGUUUGUUAUAUCAGACAGUAUAGGGAAACUGAAUAAGAAGGGUUAAUGCCAUUGUUAACUGAAAAGUAGGCAUUUAAGGAGGAAGACUGGAAGAUAGAUAAAAGUAAAAAUGUAAACAGAUUUCUGCCUGGUGAGAAAUUAAACCACAAGGAACAAGCUUUCUCUGACUGUAGUUUAAAGCAGGAUUAAGAGAACCUCCAAAUCCUCCAUCCAUCAAGUAAACUAAUUUUUCUCUACAGGGUUCUGGACAGAGGCUGACUGUAUUGGACAAUUGGUAGAAGUGAAUUCUUGGUAGAUGAAGUUUUUAAAAAAAAAAAAAA